UGAUUGGAAGUGACAGCUCAAAACAAGACAAAAAAACUACAAAUUCAAGUCACAAUAGUAAACUCCCGAUAAAUAACUUGUAGAAACUUAUAUUUUUUUUGUGUAUUGGUCUCUAAAUAAGAAAUUAUAGUGAGUUCAUUGAAAUGGGUAAUUCGGGAAUAAAACAACACUAUGAAACAGCAUCGAAAACAGGUGUUUUACAACUGUCCAAUUGCAAACUGAAAGAAAUUCCAAUUGAAGCUCUUAAUUUAAGUGAAAUUCUUAGAAACUUGGACCUCUCUAAGAAUAGACUGACGACCCUACCAGAUGAUAUUUCUAAAUUUAAAUUAUUAAAACAGCUCAACCUGGAUACCAACAGGAUAGAGGCAAUUCCAGAAUCCCUUGGUAGUAUGAAGAAACUAGAGUUGUUCAAUGUUUCAAAUAACUUAAUCACAUUCCUGCCGGAUUCCUUUGCAAAGCUGAGUAAUUUGAAACAAGUGUAUCUGAACAACAACAGGCUAAAGGAGUUUCCAACACAGUUAUUGGGGCUGCACAGCUUAGAGGUGGUAGAGCUGUCCAACAAUAAGAUAACAGAGGUACCCAGUGGAAUGUCAGAAUUAUAUGCAGCCGAGCUAAAUCUAAGUCAAAAUGAAAUAUCAAUACUCAGUGAAGACAUGCAUCAAGCACCUAGACUCAAAAUUUUGAGACUUGAAGAAAAUUGUUUAAGCUUGGACGCUAUUCGACCAAGUUUACUUCGAGAUUCAAAAAUGCAUACAAUAAACCUGGAUGGCAAUUUGUUUGAACCUAAGCUGCUGGUAUCUCUGGAAGGAUACAAUGAGUACACUGAAAGAUACACUGCAAUGAAGAAAAAAAUGUUUUGACAGAUUUACUUUACAAUUUUUGGAGCUCUUAAAUCAAAUAUUGAAUACAGAAACGUGUUGCAGUCAAUUUUUAUUUUAAUAUGCUUGUAAGGACACAGUAUUUUGUAAUAAAGUCUAAACUUACACCAAAUCUAGUUUACUAAUUUGUAGAUGUAAUUACUUAUUUAUGUGAUGUGAUUAUAGAUAUAUGAUAAUAUAAUAUUAUUACUC